GUGGUGUGGCCUGCCUAAGGGAGUUGUGGGGGUGGAAGUAGACAGAAUCAAGUGGCUACAGUUCUUGAGAGCGUAGAUUCCAAAGGAAGUGAUAAUAAUGGCUGCAUUUUGCAGUUUGAAGAAUUUAUGUGAAUAUGAAACUUCUAAAGUUGUCCGUUUUCAGAGCGUUUCCUAUGGGAGUUUGAAAUGGACCUUCCAUAUGAUUGUCUUCCUGUAUGUUUGUUAUGUGCUUGUCACCGACAAACGGUAUCAGAAAAAGGACUCUGUGAUCAGCUCAGUUCACACUAAAGUGAAAGGAGUAGUUCAGACUGACUCAAGAAUCUGGGACACAGCCGAAUACACUAUUCCCAUGCAGGGAAUAGACUCUUUUUUUGUGAUAACCAACAUAAUCAUGACAGAAAACCAGUUUCAAAGUGUUUGCCCUGAGUACCCCAUUGCCAAAGCUGUCUGCUCUUCAGAUGUGAGCUGUAAAAAAGGACACAUGAACCCCCAGAGUAAUGGAAUUCAGACAGGAAGAUGUGUGAACUAUAAUGCAACAAUUAAAACCUGUGAAGUCUCUGCCUGGUGCCCUGUGGAAUCAAUGAAAGGUGCCCCAGUGCCUGCCAUUCUGAAGAGUGCUGAAAACUUCACAGUGCUAAUAAAGAACAAUAUCCACUUCCCAAAAUUUAAUCACACUGCAAGAAACUUUUUACCAAAAUUGAAUAUUUCGUGCACAUUCAACAAGAUAACUGCACCAGGCUGCCCAAUUUUCCGGCUGGGAGAUAUUCUCCAAGCAACAGGAGAAAAUUUUUCAGAGAUGGCAAUUCAGGGCGGAAUCAUGGGCAUUGAGAUUAACUGGGACUGUAACCUGGACAAAUGGUUCCAUCGCUGCAGUCCACAGUACAGUUUUCGUCGCCUUGAUGACAAAACGACGACUGAAUACCCUGGAUACAACUUCAGAUUCGCAAAGUACUACAAACAGCCCAGUGGGAAGGAGGAGCGGACGCUGAUCAAAGCCUAUGGGAUACGAUUCGACAUCCUCGUCUUUGGCACAGCUGGACAGUUUAACAUCUUUGAGCUGCUGGUGUACACCGGGUCUGUGCUGUCCUACUUUGGCUUGGCUCAGUUCAUUAUUGAUUUUCUUAUUACUUCAUACACUUAUCCCUGCUGCAAAGAAUCCAUCAAGGAAUAUUACUUCAGGAAGAAGUGCGAGUCUGCUCUGGGACCAAAAUGGACCCUGAUGUACGUGUCAUAUGUUGAUGACCCGCACAUUAUUCUGGUAGACAAACCGUUGAGGACGAGUCUGCAGAACGUUAAAGGCGAGAUUGUUCAGUUGCAGAAAGACACUGGGGCUUUUACUGACACGACCAAGCUCACAGCACACUAUCCCAUUCGGGUCCCUGCCUUAGCAAAAGCCCAUGAGAUGCAGCCCCUUAAAAGCGAAGGACAAACUUCACCACCCCAUGACCGCCCGGCUUGGUGCUGCUGUGGGAAAUGCCACCAAACAGAGUCUUUCCGGGAGCAGCUCUGCUGCCGAAGAAAAGAAGGGUCAUGCAUUACAACCUCGGCUUUGUUCGAGCAGCUCGUUCUUUCCAGAUCGGCACUGGAGUUUAUCCUGCUUUACAAAGAGCCCUUGUUGGACUUGAAUACUGAGACCCUCAAUAACCAGCUUCGUCACUGUGCUUACAGACAGUAUAUUCACUGGCGUUUUGGCUCUGCUGAGGUGGAGAGCAGUGCCCUGAUACCAAGUUGCUGCAGGUGGAAGAUCAGAGAAACUUAUCCCAGUGAGGAUGGCAAGUAUACUGGUUUAGAGAGGAAGAAUUAACCUUUAUUAAGCUUCUAUUGUAUAGCUCCAGAACCACAAUUACACUUAUUUCUCAGUUAAACCUCCUUAAUUUCUCUUUGGAGACAUUUUAAAAAGAAAAGCAUGUGAUUUCUCAGAAUCCACUGCUGUAUGACUGAAUUCCACGUUCUGUGUUGUUAAUGAGCAGUAUUCGCUAAUGAUUAGUGCAGGAGACUGGGAGUCAGGAGUCUUGGGUUCUGUUCCUCACUCCACCGCUGACUCUCUCUGUGACCUUGGAAAGGGCACAUAGCCCAUAGCUUUCAAAUGUUGCCCCAAUUUUUGCAUGCCCAGUAUUGGACACUUUGCCCCUGAUGUUCAGAGGGGCUGAGUACUCAACACUCCAACUGAAAACUAGACUGCACCAACAGCUACCUCAAGGUGGGAACCCAAACAUUCAGGGAAUCAAAAUGAGAGGACUUUUGAAAAUUUGACUCUUAACCUCUUGGUGUCUCAGUUUCUCCAUCUGUCAAAUGUGGAUAAUACCUACCUGCCUUAGUAAAAGGCUUUUGAGCCUUGGAUGACAGAUGCUUUAGAACUGCAGAGUAUUAUUGUUUGCGCGGACUCGGUCCUGCAAAUCGUUAUUCAUGUGAGUAGUCUGUAGUCACACAAGCAGUCCUAAGGUCCAGAGAACGGGCUUGCAGGAUGGAGCCCCUUGAGGGUGUAUUUCAUGGACAAAGUCAUGCACAAACUGUGCAGCAUUUCAGAUUCUUUCAGCUUUGUGGUUGAUCAAAUCUGUUACCAGAAGAAACCAGCUCAUUUUGGGUGAUGUUAGUAACACAGGAAAAGCAUUUUUAAGUGUACGGUUGUUAUGUAGAUAGUGCCCCUUUUAAGCAUAAACUCAGGAAUUGAAACGGACAACAUUUUUACUGCCUUUCUACCUUAUUUUCAGAAGCCUUGGAUCAAAUUCUGCCGUCAUUUACUCUGGUGCUAAUUCAUGAUGUCAUCAUGAUGGUAUCUGUGUAACUGAGAGCAGGCUUUAGCCUCAUGUUUGCUCUAAGUUUAUGUAGGGCCACAUACCGUCCAGGAUGCUCAAUUAGCUUCCCAGUGAGUUGCAUAGCAGUAUGCAGUCUCAGGGCAGUAUCUCUAGCCCCGAGACUGCAAAUAAAUGAUGGAUUAACCUGUGCAUUGAUUCCUAUUUUUUCUUGUGCUUCUACUUUAUCUCACUAGCUAUUUUUGCAGCAAUGCGGCAAGAUAGAUAUUAAUUAGUAUAUACUGGGCCACUUUCAUCUCCGCAUAAUUGUAAAUCUGCACAACUGCAUAGUUUGUGGUUUUAAUUUUGUACAUAUUUUUAAAACUGGGGUCUGGAAAAGUAUUCCAGCUCUAGUUGCAUUUCCAAUGGUAGUAUGUAUUAAUUGCACUGACAUUCAUGUGACAGCAUCUCAUUGUAGCUAUGGAUUGGGACUGUGUUAUUUUUGUAAUGUUGGCACUGAUACAUUCCUGCACUAAUAUAUAUUGGUUAGCACACUUUCUUUGCUUUUGGAAAUACUGUACUGAUGUUGGAACCUGGAGUGUUUGUUUAGGACUCUCUUUUUAAGGACCUGUUAAAUACCUUCUUAUGCUCAUUUUGCAAGCCUUUUUAUCUUGCAGUGAGUUUUGACUGAAUUUUUCCAUUAAUAAAUACAGUGUUUAAUCAAUCCAUAGCAGAGUGGAAGACUCUCCUUUCGUGAUUUUGCAGUAGCAUAUACAUUAAAUCGCUAGCCAAUCCCCUUCCCCUCUAAUGAUUUGUUGGACUGUUAUGAAAAUCAUUAUUAUUGCUACCCAUAUUUCUAAAACCCCAUUGCCGUAGUAUCUGGGCAGCCAAGUGUCAGCAGACAUGUGAGCUCUUUGUUGCUGUCCUUAGGAAAUUGUGGCCACUUUUAAAGUUCAUAGAAGAUUAGGGUUGGAAGAGACCUCAGGAGGUCAUCUAGUCAUCAUAGCUUGGUAUCACACAGCAGUUCAAUUGUUUGAAACAUCUGAUCAAUUUUGUAAGAGAGGAAAAAUACAGUAAAGGAUUUGAUCUAAGGGAAGAGCUAAUCGGUGAGCCUAAGACAUCUAGGGCCCAGUUCUGUCCUCACUGUAAAUGGGAGCGGUAUUGGGGCCUUGCUAGAUGUAUGUAACUAUUGGGCCAGAUUCUGCUCUCACUUUCCUCCCAGCAACCCUCUGACUUCAGUGUGCUGGCACAGGGUAACUGUAGGGAAAAUCUGACCCGGGGGUGGGUGGGAGGAGCGUGGCGGUGGUGGUGGUGGUAGGGGAUGUAUACCAGAGGCCGUUAUGUCUUGGCUGUUUAAAACUCCAUCAGCAGUAGUUGAAAACUGAAGACACCACUCCAUGAAUCUUCUGGCCUGAUUUUCUACAACCACCUCCUCCCCCAUUUACUCUUUGAUACUGCCCUGGCCAUCUGACCCUAGUGUGUAGUGGGGUCCCUUUUGCCUUCAUUGUGAGCUUCCCUUUUGCACUUAUUUCCAUGCUUGUGGUUGCUAAACACCUCAGGGGCUUCUAGUUGAGUCUUUUCUUGGGGUAGGAGGUGGCCAUAACAUGAUACAAAUUGCUCAGAAAAAUUACCUGCACUAAAAUACUGGUAGUACGCCUAGCAUCUGCCUGGCACAAGGGGAGGGCUAGUCCUGAUUGAGAUCUUUGAGUUAAAUAAUAAUAGUUAGAAAUUAAGGUCCAGCGUAGAAAUUAAGGUCCAUGUUGUCCAGGGUAGGCUCUAUGGAUUACGGGACGAUGAUAUCAGUCAUCGCACAAGUGAAACCCAAUUCAAUUGAAAAGGAAAUGAUUUUUGUUCAGACGGAUGAGAACUCUUUGUUUUUGUUUGUUAAUACAGCUACUUAACUCAAAUGCUUGGGAUUAAAGUUGUCUGUGUUAAA